AUGGACUGGAUCUCCAAUGAGUCGGACAGUCUGGAGGUGCCCCCACUCACCCCCACCAGCAAAGAGCUGCUUGGGCAGGCACUCAAUGCCACUUUUGCUGGUUUCACGCAGGAGAGAAACCGCCUUCAUUUCCCUCAGGACCCCCGGUUGUGGUCAGAAUGGGAGGUCAGUUACUGGUUGGACUGGUGCCAGGCUGAGUUUGGCUUGAAAAAUCUAAACUCAGAGUUGAGGAAUAUGCCUGGAAGCAAACUCUGUUCUCUGGACAGAGAGACGUUUCUGGAGUGGGUUGCUGACUGCACUGCUGGAGAAAUUCUAUGGGAACAUCUAGAAACUAUGCAUAAAGAGAGUGAAUAUGACCACCCUGCCCCUCUGGUCCUCUGUGCUUCAUCAUCUCUUUGCCAGUCACAACUGAAUAUAGAAAGCUAUGCUGAGAGUAGUUCAGAUAAAGAUACACCAGGCCAAAUUAUCGAGAAGGUGCAGCUCCACUCACUGGAACCUGCUAGUCCAGCACUUCAGAACUGUUCACAGAUGAGCCUGGAAGGAUCCUCCAGACACCCAGAGCCAUCAGCAGCUCUCUGGCAGUUCAGAAAGAAAACCCUGGACUGUGAAGAGCUCAGGGUAACCACGUCCACUGCAUGGGUCGGCCCACCACCCCUUAAGUUCCAGCAGGGGGAGGAGUCAGUGUGUAAAGAGCUUCUCCUUCAUUCAGCUCACCCCCAUAUAACUUUUAAAGAGUUUGUGAGGGAGAAAGUCAACUUGAGCAGUGCAGUGGUGCCAGCAGCUGUUCUAGCAGGAUACACAGGAAGUGGACCCAUACAACUCUGGCAGUUUCUGUUGGAGCUGCUCACAGAUCGCAGCUGUCAGUCAGUCAUCAGCUGGACAGGAGAUGGAUGGGAAUUCAAACUGACAGACCCUGAUGAGGUGGCUCAGCUGUGGGGUCAGCGUAAGAACAAGCCCAAGAUGAAUUAUGAAAAGCUGAGUCGAGGAUUGCGCUACUAUUAUGAUAAAAACAUCAUCCACAAAAGUGCCGGCAAACGCUACGUCUACCGAUUUGUCUGCAACUUAAAGGGCCUGCUGGGAUACGAGCCUGGGGAACUUCAUGCCAUGCUGGAUAUCCCUGCUAGUGUAAAUGAAGGCUCUGAGUGAUGA